ACGCGGCCCGUCUCUUACGUAUAAAAGACAAGAGCCGGCCGCGCGCGAUCUGAUUAACCGCACAGCCAGCCAGCCUUUGAAGCUGCAGCCAACCAACUCGUACACCCAUACGCGUCGUUUCGCAGACUUGUCUCGCGCUGUGUGAUAUUGAUAAUUGUAUCAUAGAGGAGCGCGCGAUAACGAGGCGGUUGUUCGAAAAAGAAGUUCGCACCCGCGAUUGGACUCCCCUUGGCCCGUCGGGAGGGCGCCUCUCGGUCGGUGAGCAAGUUGCGCUCGUUUUCACCCGAGGCGCCGGCAGUUGGCGCUCGAGCCUCGAAACAGCACAACCGGCCGCGCCACCCGGACAACAGAGCCGAUAAAGACGCUCACCGCGAGCAACAGCUGACCGAGGAGUAUUCGGCUAGCCACACACGCUCAAUUGUCACAACAGAAGCACGUGCGCCGCUGAUCGGCACGACCGGUCUAACUUUGGAUUGUUUCCUCACUGGAGCCGCGAAGAUGCCGUCGUCGUCGUCGUCGUCGUCCGGGCCGAGCAGGAGGCAGAUGAUGCAGCCAUGGCCUCUCUGCUUGAUCCCCUUCGGCAACUCAGCCAAGGAGCGAGGCAUCCUGCCGAAGCAUUACACGAGGGUGCCAUCGAUCGCACGUUCCUCGACGGCGAGCUCGAGCCUGGCCCAGGAGUGCGCCUCGAAUACGACCCUACUGACGAACACCAGCCCAUUCAACAGCCAGGUCGCCCUGGUCGCGGAGAGGUGGCCGUCGGGCAGCGGGUCACGGUCCAGCGACGAGGAGCUCGAGGCCAGGGCAGCGCAGCUCGUGGAGGCCAGAUCGGGCCAGCAGCACUACUAUGCGGAAAACUUGCGUAACAAUCACCACAGGACGUUGAACGGCUCCCAGAUCUACGACCCCCUGCGCAAGGACCACGGGCUCGACUACAAACAGCUGGACCCUCUGCUGAGGAAGGACGAGCCCGCGUCUGACACCAGAGUUCUCAUGGAUUCGCAAGACUUUAAAAAGCCCGAGGCGGUCGUCAGGAUGUCCGUCUUCCAGUUUGAAAAAGCGAAUGCAAGGCCCGCGUACUAUUGGACCCAGGUGCUGGCCGCUUUCUCGGUCUCGCUCGGCUCGAUGGUCGUGGGCUUUACAUCCUCGUACACCUCGCCGGCCCUUGAGUCCAUGAAGGACAGCAACGUCACGUCCUUCGAGGUCUCGGGAGCUACCGGAUCGUGGAUCGGCUCGAUCAUGCCGCUCAGCGCGCUCUUUGGCGGGAUCGCUGGCGGGCCGCUGAUCGAAUACGUCGGAAGACGCAACACCAUCCUCUUCACUGCUUUUCCGUUCAUACUGGCCUGGCUGUUGAUCGGUAUGGCCAACGGCGUGAGCAUGAUCAUGUUCGGCCGGUCGCUGAGCGGCUUUUGCGUGGGAAUAGCCUCCCUCUCGCUGCCCGUCUAUCUCGGCGAGACCAUUCAGCCCGAGGUCCGGGGCUCCCUGGGACUCUUGCCCACCGCUUUCGGUAACAUCGGGAUAUUGGUGUGCUUCAUAGCGGGCAAUUAUCUGAAUUGGUGGGUGCUGGCCCUGUUCGGGGCGUGCCUACCGGUGCCCUUCCUCGCGCUGAUGCUCACGAUACCCGAGACGCCGAGGUGGUACAUAUCGAAGGGCAAGACGAAGCGCGCCCGCAAGUCCCUGCAGUGGCUCAGGGGGGCCCAGGCCGACGUGACCGACGAGCUCACCAGCAUCGAGAAGACGCACGUCGAGAGCGAGAGACAAGCCACCCAGGGCACCUUCUCCGAGCUCUUCAAGGGCAACAACUUCAAGCCCCUCCUCAUCUCUCUGGGGCUCAUGUUCUUCCAGCAGAUGUCGGGCAUCAACGCCGUCAUCUUCUACACCGUCCAGAUAUUCUCGGACGCCGGCAGUACGAUGGACGCCAACCUGUGCACCAUUAUAGUGGGCAUCGUGAACUUUUGCUCGACCUUCGUAGCGACGGCCCUGAUUGAUCGGCUGGGGCGCAAGGUGUUGCUGUACACGAGCAGUGUCUCGAUGGUGGUGUCGCUCGCCUCCCUGGGCGGCUACUUUUACAUGAAGGACUACUUCCACAUGAGCGUGUCCGGGUACGUGCCCCUCGCGAGCUUCAUCGUCUACGUGAUUGGCUUCUCCCUCGGUUUCGGCCCGAUACCUUGGCUCAUGAUGGGCGAGAUCCUACCGUCCAAGAUCCGCGGCAGCGCCGCCAGUGUGGCCACGAGCUUCAACUGGAGCUGCACCUUCGUCGUCACCAAGAUCUUCGAGGACGUGAUACAUCACAUCGGUUGUGGCAGCACCUUCUGCCUGUUUGCCGCCAUUUGCCUGGUGGGGCUCGUCUUUGUGGUUUGCUUCGUGCCCGAGACCAGUGGCAGGUCGCUCGAGGAGAUCGAGCGCGGACUGACGGGCCCGGUCAGGAGAAUGAGCGCGGUCGCCAACAUGAAACCCACCCCCAUGGCCUGUUAGGCCGGCUGCAUUUUUCUUCUUUUCCUCCCUUUUAUGACAUAAAUAAAGGCCAACACCGAUGUGCCGCUGGUUGUGUGUUGCAAAGCGCGAAAGUCCACGUGGAUCUGCAAAUUUAUUUUUUACUAUUUACCCCUUCGCCAUUUCAUUCCGCGAUUCGAUUUCAAGCGAUUGAACUCUCGCCCGGCUCUCGAAUCUCAAGAGAGAACACACCCACACAAUGUUCCUGAAGUUAACUCAAGACAGAGCAAUAUUUUUCCCCCUUGUCUUACAACUGCGUUGUUCAAUAUGUUGUUGAUCACGGCUGUACAAAGUGUCGUACGGAACAAAGGCGGAUGCGUCUCGGGCACUUUGGGGAUUUUCAGCCAAUGACAAAAGGUACUAUUCAAAUACGACACUGUUGUUAUUGUUUGUACAGAGUCUAUAACCAUAACGUUAGUACCAGUGCACGCGCGUGCAAACUGCUGGAUGAAUAUAUAUUAUAAUAUAACGCUUAUGUGCAGUUGUUGGAUGAUGCGAGGCUGCCGUAUGUAUAACUGUUUACAUAUUAUCGUGUGGUUAUUGUGCAACGAAUGAAGGCCUGACAUUUGUUAACCUAUUGUUUUACGACAAGUAGAUUUUAGUGUGAUAGUAGUUUUUAAUUUUCGCGCUUCUCACGAUUUAAAAAAAAAAAAAAAGAAUUAGGACGCGAAAAUAUUGUACAUAUAUAGUCUGAGGCUUUUUAGUGAGCAAUGUUUUUUUUUUUUUUCUUUUUUUUCCCCGAUUUCAUUUGAAAUGUAAACAGUUGUUUGUAAAUAACGACGAAAGAUGGAGAUUUAAACACGCACGUAGAGAUAGUUUUAUAUUUCAUAAUGAAAUGAUGAAAUUCGUUGCUAUUCCAUUAUUUUUAUCAAUGCGCGAUAAUAAAUAUGUAUAUCGUACGUUUAAAAAUUUUUCAAAGCCAAGUGUGGCAUUUUUAUAUUAUAGAGAGGUAAUCAUAGUUACGAGAGUAAGGUAAUUUAUAAUUUUUUAAAUGAAUUAAUAGGGAUGGAAAAAAAUUGAGUUGAUGAAAAGCGAGAAAUAUAUAAGUACAGAACGAAAAUACACAGCGUGUACUUAAUUACAGAGAACAAAUCUUAAAGAGCAUUUCUCACGGAAAAGUCAACACGCAAUUUGAGAAGAGAAGGAAUAGUUAACAAAUGAAACAUGGAUCUGAGAUAUUGGUUCCUCUUUGUCUUACGAUUCGAGAUUCGCUAUCUCGAAUUAUUGUUAAAACGUGAUAUCUGAUGAUUCCAAUAAUGCAUAACUUUAUAUUUUAACUAUCGAUAUUUUUAGUAAUCUUAAGAAGCAAUGACUAUUUUGUUUUUUAAUAAAAGUAAUUUUGCGAACCAA